AUGGUGACCAUUCGCCAAGCCCUGCUUUCUGUGAAGGGAGAAGACGCCAGCUCCAUUUUGCCAAUUGUGUCUGCCCUUUCCGAGUUAGGCUUUGACGUGGAUGCUGAGGUUGACAGCGCUUUCCGAUUGCUGGACGUGAAACAAGCAGCAGGCCUCACUGUUCGGCAACAAUCGGCGUUAAAGGCUGCCAUCCAAGAUGCUGCUGCUGAUGCGGACCUGGGACCUGACACUGGCACUGGCACUGACACUGGUGAGGACCGGAUCCGGAUUUGGAUUCAGGUGCUGAUGGGGGUGGAGGUGGCGGCAGCUGGUGGCGGUCUGUGGGCCGUAGCAGCACAGCGGAGAGGCGGGGGGGGGGCUCUCGGAAGUGCUGACACGACGGCCGAGUACCUGAAAAAGUGCCUGGCUCCAUUCCCUGCCGAGGUCUUGCUGACAGGGCAGAACCUGCGGCAGUACAUUGAGGGGGACCUUGGGGAGGGGCUCCGCCUGCCGAUGUCGACGCCGGCUGCUGCGCGGCUGGCUUACGAGUGCCCCUCGGGUCUGAGCCACCUGGUGGUGUCGGAGAGCGAUGACCCACGGGCAGCCACGGCAGAAAUGCUGUGCCACUUCUUCGGGGGCGCCUUUUGGAGCCUCGACUUAAACACGAGCUUAAACACGAGCUUAAACACGAGCGGCACCAGCAUAAUAUACACGUUGGGGUUAACAAUGUAUGUGAUUGACAGAAUGCUCUCUCUCAUUGCGGCGCACGUGGAUUGGCCUGUUCUUAAGAUGGACAGAAAUGCGAGUGGAGCGACAGUGCUAAACAGCAGGCCAGGCUUCAUUUGCUGGGUCAACAAAGCCCUCCUGUUUAAGGGCGUGGAGAAGGCGGACAAGGAGGAAAUGUUCCAAGCAAUUGGCGAGCUGGGGGGGAAGAUGCCGCGCGCGUGGGCCACAGAGCUGCUGCCAGGCUACCCCGUCCCCUGCAUGCUGGGCUUCGCAGCAGCCGGCUCCUCGCUGCAGGCAGGCUACAUUCGGAAGACUAUCAGGGAGUUCUCCGUGCUGCAUGCAACGUAUACAAGCUUCGAGCUGCUGCAGGACGUGUAUGAAAAGAUGAAGCGGCAUGAGGACAAAAUCAUCCAGCUGGCUUACAACAUGGUUGCACCGCGCCUGGAGGAUGAUGAAUACAUCGUGCACCUGGCCCCGAUCGGUGUGCCCUGCACGGGGGCCCCGGGUUCCGAGGAGGAGCUCAAGUGCGCGGUGCAUGGCGCCCUGACCGGCCUAGAGGCUUUGCACUCUGAAGGCAAGGUCCCUGCUAUAACCGGCAUAUGUCUGAUGUCAUGGUGGUUUUUCGCUUGCUGCUGCACCACAUGCAUUUGUUGCCAGAUGCUCUAUUGUCGCUGGUGCAUAUGCUUUGUGCACCGGGACGUGCGUUGGGCCAACCUCAUUUUCCUGCCGGUGCCACGCAAAUGGCUGCUCAUUGACCUGGAGCACGUGGGCAAGGUCGGCUGCAAGUGCAGCGACCCACCCUACCCGCUGAGGUACUGGCGCAGCACCACCCUGGAAUGUGAUGGCACCUACACGCCAUACUCAGACCUGGACAUGGUGGUGGAUCAGCUAAUGAACCACUUGGCGUUUCCAUUGAGCAGUGCGGCACAGGACCUGCGGCAACAGCUGGAGAGGCGCAGCCUGACCGCCAAGGAUGCGCUGACGCACACGUGGUUCUGUGGGCUGUAA